AUGGCGGAUAAAUUGGACGACUACCAGGGUGUAACUGGCCGGUGGCAUGGAAUAAGGGACCGGUGGAAGGAGAGAUACGCGCAAUGGAAGGAGAACCAUCCGCGUGGGAUUCGGGAGAUUUUGAAGGAGAUGCUGUUUGGUAUACCUACGUCAUCUGAGCCGCCCAACCGAGAGUAUGAUAACAGCGAAUACAGCGAUAUAUUCAGGCGGAAAAACCGAUUGGAACUUAUGCGUAUAUCGGCUGCAGUAAUGGGCAUAGAAUUUUCAUACGCGGGCGAGACGGCCUUCGUUUCGCCCACCCUGCUCCAGAUUGGAGUGCCCCAUCACCAAAUGACUAUGGUGUGGGCGCUCUCACCGUUAAUAGGCUUCUUUAUGACUCCUCUCCUGGGCUCGCUGAGUGACAGGUGCAAAUCUAAAUUCGGACGACGGCGACCAUUUAUCGUUAUGAUGUCCAUUGGAGUGUUUUUAGGUCUAAUCUUGGUACCCAAUGGUGAAACCUUGGGUUAUAUGCUUGGUGACCUAGGAAAUGUAAAUAGGACCCAAGUUCCCUCAGUAUUAGGCCCACGUAGUACAGCAUUAGAAACGGAAGGAACGAAUUACCAUCCUUGGGGUGUGUUUUUCACUAUAAUUGGUACUGUGCUGUUGGAUUUCGAUGCUGAUGCCUGCCAAAGUCCUGCACGAGCGUAUCUACUCGAUGUGACAGUUCCAGAGGACCACGCUAGGGGCUUGAGUACUUUCACAAUAAUGGCUGGUUUGGGAGGCUUCAUGGGAUACGCGCUUGGCGGAAUAAAUUGGGAUGAAACCACUCUAGGAGACUUCUUCGGUGGCCACGUGAGAGCAGUAUUCUCAUUGAUCACAAUAAUUUUCGUGAUCUGUGUAUCAGCCACUGUCAGUAGUUUUAAAGAAAUACCAUUGGAAGAGUUGCACCAAUAUGACGAGUUUAAAAAGAGUACUGAAACAUCAAAAUCUCCGCCUGAUCAGGAACAAUUUGAAAGAGAUAAUCUGAGAAAAGAUGUGUCCAGCUAUGGGACUCUUGAAGAGGAAGGUUUGAUGAGGGAUUGUUCAACUUAUGGAACGUUGGAAGGCUCUGAGGCUCCAGAGCCACCAGCUCCAAAUGGAAUAGCAAUACCUGAAGGCCACGGCGAGCCUCUUUCCUUAAAACACUAUCUGAGGUCCAUAGUCAUGAUGCCCAAGUCUAUGAGAGUCGUUUGUUUGACUAAUCUAUUCUGCUGGAUGGCGCAUGUCUGCUAUUCGUUGUACUUCACAGACUUCGUCGGCGAAGCUGUGUAUGGUGGAAAUCCAGCUGCGCCAGUCGGUACAGAAAGUAGAACAAACUAUGAAGCUGGCGUUCGCUUCGGCUGCUGGGGGAUGGCGAUGUACUCUCUAUCUUGUGCUUGCUAUUCAACUGUUAUUGAGAAACUGAUUAAGAAGUUUGGCGCUAAAAGAGUCUACGUCGGAGGCCUGUGUACCUACAGCUGUGGCAUGAUGCUCCUCUGCAUCUUGAGGACCCAAACAGCAGUGCUCCUGUUCAGCUGGACAGCUGGUAUCAUGUACUCUACGCUUUUCACGAUGCCCUACCUCCUGGUCGCGCACUACCAUGCAACAGGAAUGUGGGAUAGCGAAGGAGGUGGCUGCGGUGAAGAGCGAGGUAUCGGUACAGAUGUUGCUGUGAUCAGCAGUUGUGUUUUCGUCGCCCAGCUUCUUAUUUCAUUUAUUAUGGGCUUCGCUUUGAAGCUGACUGGGUCCACGGCGGCUGUGGUCGGUGUAGCAGCCUCUUUAGCUGGUGCUGCUGCUAUUACAGCAACUAAAAUUACCUAUUUGGAGCUCUAA